AUGUUCGUCUAUUCGUCGGAGGUGCGUGCUGGGAUCGCUCGCGGCGACGAACUAGUUGCGUUGGAGUCGACCAUCAUCAGCCAUGGCAUGCCUUAUCCACAGAAUCUAGAAGUGGCGCAGCGUGUCUUAUGGCAUCAGUACAUUGUCUAAGCGAGGCCAGAAGUAGAAAGGUCCUCCAUUCUCGAGGUGCCGAUUUUUCGUCUGUACUUCUUUGUACUAGCUAGUAGAAGCAUGAUGCAAAGAAACGGAGGACAAGACAAUAUUACCAAAAUAACUUUCAUUUUUUUACAACGAACAGGAGUAUCUCUAUCCUCAGCAUUUUUUCUCUAACUCCCGAGUCCUUGGUCAGACGGGAGGGCGUGACGCCAGCCACUAUUGCCAUCCUGAGAGGUCGCGUACAUAUCGGUUUGGAUUUCGCCGACCUUGAGUAUCUGGCGAAGACUGGGCAGAAGGUUCGGAAAGUAAGCAGAAGAGAUGUCGCUGAUGUUUUGGCGAAGGCUGGAGACGGAGCUACGACUGUGGCGACAACUAUGAUGUUCGCGGAAAUGGCUGGUACCUCCUCGACGUGGUCUAGUACACAGGAAGAUUCUGUAGGAAUCAAUGUUUGUUUGUGUGGUCCUUGUCACAGUUGUCGAUUGAAAGUGAAGUCACUAGUAGUUGCAGUACAAAUGUGGUGGAAUUUUUUUUUACCAUCUCAAUCUCUCAAUCCUAGGCAUCCGUCUCUUCGUCACUGGCGGCAUUGGUGGUGUUCAUCGUGGCGACAGUUGGGAUAUAAGCGCAGAUCUAGAGGAAUUCGGGAGAUCCCGAGUGGCCGUCGUCUGCGCUGGCGCCAAGUCGAUCCUGGACUUGCCAAAGACUCUGGAGGUUCUCGAAACAAAAGGCGUUCCAGUUGUUGGUUUUGGUUGCUCCAGUUUUCCGAGUUUUUUCACGCGUGAAACGAAACCAACACUGAAACUGGCGUCACGGGUAGAUAGUUUUGGGGAGGCGGCGAAACUGUUGGAGAUGCAGAUAGGACGAGUAGGUGGAAAAAGAGAAUCAUCUGGAAGAAAUCGUGACACAAGGAGUCGUAGUCCAGGAUCCACCUCAUCUUCUACUCCUACUGGCACCACCUUGACAACCGGUGGUCUCGUUCUCUGCAACCCCAUUCCUGCCGACAAACAAUGCCUCGAAGCCGACGACGCUAUCCAGACAGCUUUGAAGGAGGCGGAUGCAAAGGGUGUUAAAGGGAAAGACAUCACGCCGUUUCUUUUGGCCCGUGUGAACGAACUGACGCGUGGCCGCUCUCUAGAAGCCAAUAUCGCUUUAGUCGAGAACAACGCGCGCGUAGGCGGUGCUAUUGCAGCAGAACUGUGGAAGACUAGGCAGAGCAAAAGCAUAAUACUCGGAGGUCAGACUUCCUCAAGUAGUAGAAGUAGUAAAAGUAGUACAACUAGAACUACUUCUAGUAACUACAGAAGUACAACUACUUCCGCGGCCACAAGAACAAGGAUCACAGUCAUAGGAGGCGCCACUGUCGAUUACAUGUGUCGACCAGACAAGGUUGGUCCUCUUCACACCAGUCUGCCAGGUAGCGUUGUCACGCGUUGUGGAGGGGUUGGACGAAAUAUCGCGGAAGCGAUUUCGAGAUUAGGAAGAACUACAACUUCGGCUACUGCUAGUACGCCAUCUUCUCAAUCUUCUACAGCGCCUUGCUGUACUCUCCUAACUGCCAUCGGGGACGACAGUGCUGGCAAUGCAAUUGUCGCAGACUGCGCUGCCAAAGGUAUCGGACUGCACUGUAUCUUAAGGGUUGAAAGGACAUUUCAUUUCAUUUUUACAAAUACAAGCCUUACCCUUAGCCUUCUCUACUUAUAAUAAGAUUGCUACUAAUAAAAAUGAAAUGUAAGUUUCAACCUUUAAGUAUCCGUAGCAAAACAGAGAGGUCCGCCCGUUACGUCGCUGUUUUAGACGGGAAGGGAGAAUUGGUGUCGGCGAUCGCGGAUAUGGCAGUGUUUGAGGAUAUCGGGAAAGUUUUGAAACAACACCAAGAGGGCCAAGCGUGGUCAUCCACUCUCUCGAAGAAGAUCUGCAUCGUUGACGCCAAUGUCAGCGAAGAGGCGAUGUCGGAGAUACGGGCAAUGGCGAACGAAGAACUCUGGUUCGAACCUGUGUCAACAGUAAAGGCACUGCGAUUUUUUGCUUUGCCUGCUUGCGAUUUGAUGACUCCGAACUACGACGAGCUUGCGGCUAUUUUAGUCUACUACGCACGGAGAAGGAGAGGACCACAAGGAGCAAGUAGUUCAUCAUCUUCAUCCGCACAAGCUCUUGAACAAAAAGUUCCACCGAAGUAUUCGCGAGAGGCCGCGGUUGCUCUACUACGAGCUUUUGCGACUGAGAUCAUGAUGGAUUCAUCCAAGAAGUACGCAAAUAUGAGGGUAGUGCUGACUUGCGGUGCGGAUGGUUGCUUCGUUCUUGGGUGUGGGGAUCAACAAAAUGGCGCUGGGAAGUCUUCUGAGACGGCUUCGCCUCUAGACAAGUGCAUUCAAAAUCUAUGGCAACACAAAUAUAGUCUAAACGAAGUUCCAAUCAUGGCGAUGGCAGGAGAAUUGAAUAAAAAAGUAUCAAUCCUCCACAUAGUUUCACGCAAUCCUGUCACAUCGGUAGUCAACUGUACAGGCGCUGGUGACACAUUAAUUGGCGGUCUCGCUUGGGCGUAUGCCUACGGAGGUUUGGGGUUGAUAGACUCAGUUUUACUAGGUAUGCAAGCUGCAGUGUGGACUUUAGGGUCUCAGGCACCUGUGUCUGAAAAGUUAGAGGAAUUGGUGCAAGUGGAAAGUUGUGAAGAUGGAGCUUAUUCAAGUUCUGGGACGAACAAAGUCGUGUCGAAAUUGUAGCUAGUAUUGAUUUUGCCUACUAGAUUUUGCUCUUCAUCUGCAUAGAAGUUUUUUAGAAUACAGAUCCCGAUCAAUGGUCAUGGUCACAGUUAACAAUGCUGAUCUCCCAGUGUGCUUUUGGGGAUUCUUGCUAUUCAUGGCGCGCGAAUGUUAAAAAACCUGUUAGUACUCUAGAACUAAGUGCAGAAAAACGAGCACGAGUGCAA